UUAGCGACAGAGCCUCGGAUAUAUAAGGAGCAGACAGAGGGAGUCUCAGUCGCUGUGAGAGCCACAUACCCCUCACCUGCACACAUACAUAACACGCAUACACCUCCACCUCCUGCACCGUCCCCUUCAUUCCUGCGCACAUCCCCUACGGUAGUCUGACCGGAUGAGUUACCCGGUGGACACGUUAGGGAGCCCCUUCCGGAGAGUUAUGGAUACUAGAACGACCAGCUACGGCUACAGCCGCUCCGCCGGCACCCCCUCCAGUGGUUUUCGCUCCCAGUCUUGGUCCCGGGCAAGCCCCGGCUCCACCAUGACCACAUCCUACAAGAGGAGCGUGAAUAUGCCGGUAACCCGAGCUUACAGCUCAACGGUGCUGAGCUCCGCCGACAGCGUUGAUUAUAGUCAAACCUCCAUCCUGAACGGAGACUACAAGCGAUCUAACGAGAAAGAGCAACUUCAAGGGCUCAACGACCGGUUUGCUGUUUACAUUGACAAGGUGCACUACCUGGAGCAGCAGAACAAGCAGAUCGAGGCGGAGAUCCAGGCACUGCGGCAGAAGCAGGUGUCUCGCUCCCAGCUGGGAGACCUCUAUGACCAGGAGCUGCAGGAGCUGCGUUCGGUGCUGGAGCAAAUCCACCAUGACAAGGCGCAAAUUCAGCUCGACACCGACCAUAUCGAGGAGGACAUCCAGCGGCUCAGGGACCGCUUUGAUGAAGAGGCUCGCAUCCGGGAGGAGACAGAGGCCAUCAUCCGUGUCCUGAAGAAAGACAUGGGCGACUCGGAGUUGGUGAAGUCUGAGUUGGAGAAAAAAGUUCAGUCGCUGCAGGAUGAGAUCGCCUUCAUCCGCAACAACCACGAGGAAGAGGUGAGCGACCUCAUCGCCCAGAUUCAGGCGUCUCAGGUGACCGUGGAGAGGAAAGACCUCCAGAAGACAGACAUCACCGAGGCUCUCCGGGAGAUCCGCACUGAGCUGGAGGGUCACUCCAACCAGAACCUGCAGCAGGUGGAGAACUGGUUCAUGUGCCGCUACGCCAAGCUCACCGAGGCUGCGGAGCAGAACAAGGACGCCAUAAAGUCCGCCCGUGAUGAGAUAGCCGACUACCGCCGCCAGCUGCAGACCAAGACGGUGGAGCUGGAGUCCGUCCGCGGGACAAGAGACUCGCUGGAGAGGCAGCUGAAUGACAUCGAGGACCGCCACAACAGCGACCUGGCCAGCCUGCAGGAGACAAUUCACCAGCUGGAUAAUGAGCUCAAGAGCACCAAAUGGGAGAUGGCUCGUCACCUGCGUGAGUACCAGGACCUCCUCAAUGUCAAGAUGGCCUUGGACAUUGAGAUUGCUGCAUACAGGAAACUCCUUGAGGGUGAGGAGACCCACUUCAGCACUUUCCCUUACCGCCAGACGGUCACCACCAAAAUCUCUAAGCCUAAAUCCGAAACUCCCAAGCUUAAGGUGCAGCACAAGUUUGUGGAGGAGAUCAUCGAGGAGACGAGGGUGGAGGAUGACAAGGCUGACAUUGACGAGGCCCUGGCUGAGAUAGCACAGGAGCUGUCUGCCACACUCGGAGAGGGUGGAGAGGAGGAGGAGGGAAAAGAGGGUGAGGAGGCAGAGGGUGAGGGGGAAGAGGGAGAAGGAGAGGAAGGAGGAGACGAGGAGGAAGCUGUAGCCGCCACUGAGGCCAAAGUAAGCUCCAGCACACCCGCUAAGGAGGAGGAGGAAGAGGAGGAGGAGGAGGGAAAGGGCGGAGAUGAGGAAGAAGAGGGCGAGGGAGAAGGUGGCGAGGAGGGAGAGAAGGAGGAAGAGGGUGAGGAAGAGGGUGAGGGCGAGGGAGAAAAGGGGGAUGAUGCAGAGGGAGGUGAUGAAGGAGAAGAGGGAGGAGAAGAGGAGGAGGAAGUUGAGGAGACGGUGCUGUGCUCCAAAGCCCCAGAGUCUAAGGCCUCUCCUGACAAAGAGAAGGCCGGAGACAAAGAGGGCAGCGCAGGAGAGGAGGAAGCAGUGGAGGAAGCUGGUGCUGAGGAGGAGGGAGGCGAUCAGGAAGAAGAUGCAGGCACUGACAAGGCAGCCAAGAGCGAUGAGGUAGAGGAAAAAGAGGAGGAAGACAAAGCCAAAAAGGAAGAUGAGAAGAAGGGAAAAGAUGAGAAAGCAGAUGACAAAUCAGAAAAAGAGGUAGCCAAGACAGAAGCUGCAAAGCCAGAGGCCAAGAAGGAGGAGGCUGCCAAAACAGAGGCAUCAAAACCUGAAUCCCCAAAGCCUGGAUCCCCCAAGUCUGAAUCACCUAAACCUGAGUCUCCUAAGUCUGAAUCUCCCAAACCUGCAUCUCCUAAAUCUGAAUCUCCCAAACCUGCAUCUCCUAAAUCUGAAUCUCCCAAGCCUGCAUCACCUAAGCCUGAGUCUCCCAAGGAAGGCUCACCCAAGGAGGGCUCACCCAAGGAGGGCUCACCAAAAGCUGGAUCCCCCAAACCUGGCUCCCCAAAAGCCGAGUCCCCAAAGUCAGAAUCCCCGAAAUCCAAAUCUCCAAAAGCUGAAUCCCCAAAGACCGAGACCGCCAAGCCUGAAGCUCCUAAGGCUGCUGAAGAGAAAUCAGAGAAGAGUGACGUGACAGAUGACAAGAAGGUAGAAAAGAAGGAUGUUGCCAUGAAUGGCGAUAUAGACAAGAGCAGCCCUGAGGAGAAAGAGAAGAAGGAUGAGGGGAAAGAAACUGACGUGAUCGCUAACGGUGUGGACGAGAGCCCCGUGAAGGAAGAUGGCAGCCAGAAAGUGGUGAUCACCAAGACUGUGGAGACCAUCACCACUGGAGAGGAUGGAUCCAAGCACGUCACCAAGUCUGUUACUGUGACCGAGACAGUGAAGGAGGUGGAGGAGAUGCUGCAGGAGAAGCUGGUCUCCACCAAGAAGACGGAGAAGCACUCCACCCAGUCCAUCAAGCAGGUGACAGAGGGCGACUGAGCAGACUCCAGACCGGCGCGAUCUGUCGGACAAGGAGGUGCAAGGGGGGGGGCCAGAGGAGAGGACACGAAGACAAGCAAUCAAUCCAGAACUAACAUAACAAAGAAAAUCAUACAGCUAGAGCGAUGUAAUAAAGAUAACCACUCUCAAACAUACAAAACAAAAUCAUAGAGAGAAGCCAAAACUUAAAUGCUACAAAUUUCAAAAAUGCAUGUUGAGUGAAAGCUUUAAAUGGGCUUCGCUGCAGACGCGGUCAGGAGCAAGUAACUGAGACAUUUUAUCCUCUUAUUUUCCUGUCUGCAGUUCAUGGGCGUGCUCAUGGGUGGGAGGGAGGGGGGUCUCUGCAUGCUAGCUCAGGGGAGGGGAGUACUUUCCUCUCUUAUCUGUAUGUAUGGUAGAAAUACACUGUAAAAAGAGUAAAUAUGUAAAAGGAAUAAAUGCAAUGUGGGUGGGAGAGUGAGAGAAAUAUCAUUAAAGUUAAAGAAGAUUUUUGAGUUUUAAGUAAAAAGGGUGGGGACAGGCAGGAGGGAGGGUCCUCGAUGUAGACAUCUGCUCUACUGAAGAAGCCUUACUUGACAUGUGAAGAUACCAACUGAGCCAAAAAGAAACUAACAAUAAAUACACAACGUACAGUGAUGAAAGAGACAGGCAGUGAUAUGAUAAACACAAGACCAUAUUACAUUCAGUAACUGAAGCAAACUAAAGCUUAACAAACCUGAAGAAACUCUUAGCCUUAAACAUGCUUUUUAUCAGUGUCUGUUAUGUUUACCUGAGUGCAACUGAAAAAAACACUGUAAAUGCGCAGAUACAUGCAUUCUUGUAUGCAUAGGAUGGACUUGAAUUUAAAUACAGAAAUAAAUGAGGUGCUACUGUUUGCAAUCCCAUGACUUUACUCAUCAUGAACGAUUUCCCAGCAGCAUUUGCUCAAUAAAUGUCAUAAUGAACAAAAAAAG